AUGGUAGAACUAUUUAAUCAGACACUGGAGAAGUACCUAGCAAAAGUUGUGGAAAAACGGCAAAGAGAAUGGGACAGGCACAUAAAAAAACAACCGUUUUUAUUGUCAUAUCGAAGCGCUGUUCACGACAGUACAUCAGUGACACCAGCUUUCACAAACUUUUGGAGAGAAUUACGGCUGCCUGCAGACCUGAUCACCGGAAUACCACCUGAUGUCCUACGCAGUAUAACCGAUUAUGCAAAUGACUUGCGGAACAAAAUGAAUGACAUUUAUGAGCACGUCAGACAGUCGGGGCAGCAAACGUCUGAGAAGGUAAAAACACGGUAUGACCGCAAAAUGAACAACAUAGGGUUUGACGAAGAUUCACUAGUGUGGUUACACAAUCCAGUUCAUAGCAAAGGUAAAUCUCCUAAGCUUCAAGCUAAAUGGAACGGACCGUACCGGAAUGUAACAAGGAUCAAUGACGUAAUACUAUCGAAUACAGAAAGGUGCUAG